CCGAGUCAGGGAUAAAUUCGGCUGAAACGUGUUGGUCUCAAUCGCCUGGAUUAUUCAAUUAUUUGAAAGAACACAAGAUGUCCGCCGCUGACAGCAGCUUGAGCAGUGAAUUAGAGUGUGCCAUCUGCUCCGAUCAACUGAAACAGCCGAAGAAUAUCGGUCCCUGCAACCACACAUUCUGCAAGGAGUGCAUCGAUAAGUAUUGGGUGUCCCUUGAGAAGCAGAGAACAAUUCCCUGUCCACAAUGCCGCGAAGAAUGCCCAAUCCCGUCAAAUGGCGUGGACGACCUGAAGGAUAACUUCAUGGUAAACAACAUCAUAGAGACAUAUCGAAAGCAACAACAGGGAGCUGCACUUCUCGCGGAAAUCAAAUGUAUCCAGUGUCCGAAUGAAGCCUCUUCUUUCUGUAAAGAAUGCGACUCUAAAAUGUGCCCUGGAUGCAUAGGACAGCAUGACAGUGACCUGAGUACAAAUGCCCACGACCUCUAUGGACUUUGUGCAACACAUGGCAACGGACUACUGUUCUUCUGUAGCCCUUGUAAAGAAGCUGUCUGCAGUGGCUGCAGAAUAUCUGAUCACACGCAGGGUGACCACCACGUGAUACCAAUCCGUCAAGUGGUUCGUGCUCUAAUGUCAUGCAUUCAGGCAUCUUCCACUGAACUUGAAGACCCGAAUAUGCCUCGAGUUGGAGAGCAUGAAGCGAAACUGUCGCAGCUGCGUGAUAUCGUCCAGCAACAGUCGACUUCCGCUGAAAAGCAAGCGACUGUCUGUACCGAAAAACACAUAGCUAAGAAUAGGGAAGACAUCCGGGAUCACCAGGCAAAGAGUCAAAAAAUACAAAUGCAAAUCGCCCUCUUGGCGAAGGAAAAGGAGAAGGAGGAUGAAAUAACAAAGCAACUCGUCAAAGACGUAGACAAACUCGAGAUAGAGAAGGCAAAAACCAUCGCAGAUGUCAGAGAGAGAUUCGCCAAAUCAUCUGAGAAGAUCAACCUGCGUCUUCGAUCCCUUGAGACCCGUAGGAAAGAAAUGAAAACAAAAAUAGAGCAGGGCCGAGCAGUAGGAUCUACCAAGAUCACCAUUGAUACCGAGAGCAUUGCUAAACUGACCAGUAUCAGUCAGGAACUCGUGAACUUAGUCGGUGCUUUAAGGGACAGUGACACUGUGGCUGUGAUAGAGGAAGUCACGAGAUCGAUCGGUAAAACAAAGCGGGAUUUCCGACAAUUGAAGAAGGUGUGCAACAUAACCUUUCCAAGAAAUCAGCCGGGUGCGGUAGUUUUCCAAUUGAAGCAUCUACCUGACUCUCGCCUUGCUACAUUAGGCUCAUCUGGUGGUUUUUUCGCGAACACGAUUUACUUCCAUGACGAAGUAUCUUCUUCACUGACGGGCAUAAUCACAGAGGGAGUUCACCCUGCUCAAGACAUGGCCUUCACAUCCACUGGUGAAGUAGUAGUGGCAAGACAUGAAAAGCCGCCCAUUAGAGUGUUCAAGCCUGCUACUGGUGCAUACCGUGAUAUUAACAUUACCAAUGAUGGAAAGGUGAUUGAUGUGCUGUGGCAUGUUGAGACUGAUGAGUCUGACAACAUGUUUGCCUUAACUUCUUGCAGUAAUUCACUUCUUCUUGUUAUGAAACCGAAUAGCACCGUCAUUCAGUGUAUCAGGUUACUUGGAUAUUCUUUCCGUAUGGGUUUCUGUUCACUGAAUAGAACCCUAUAUAUCGCUGCUCCUCACAGGAUCCUGAGGUUUCACUGGAAUAAUGACAUCCUUGAAGAGAUCUCAUCAUGGUCACACGGCGUGGAAGGAUUCCGUUGCUGUGAUGUUUGUAUUGGUAGCGGUGGCGAGGUGUUGGUGGCUGGUGCGAUGAGGAAUAAUGAUUUCGUUAUCUACCAGGUGACAGAAGGAGCAGAUGAGGAGGACAUUGAAUGGAGGGAGAUAGAGUAUCAAGAUGGUGAGAAGAGAACAAGUCGUAACUUCUCGCCGUGCAUCAGCAUCAAUGAUGAUAAUCUCUGGCUUGCAUAUGAUGGCAAGCCUGAGAAGUUCAAGUUGGUUUGUCUUCAACUCUAUGUGUUCUAUCAUAAAGGAAUAAACAAAUUCAAGAUGUCCGCCGCUGACAGCAGCUUGAGUUGUCUAUUAGAGUGUGCCAUCUGCUUCGAUCAACUGAAACAGCCGAAGUAUAUCGGUCCCUGCAACCACACAUUCUGCAAGGAUUGCAUCGAUAAGUGUUGGGUCUCCCUUGAGAAGCGGAGAACAAUUCCUUGUCCACAAUGCCGCGAAGAAUGCCCAAUCCCGUCAAAUGGCGUUGACGACCUGAAGGACAACUUCAUGGUAAACAACAUCAUAGAGACAUAUCGAAAGCAACAACAGAGAGCUGCACUUCUCGCGGAAAUCAAAUGUAUCCAGUGUCCGAAUGAAGCCUCUUCUUUCUGUAAAGAAUGCGACUCUAAAAUGUGCCCUGGAUGCAUAGGACAGCAUGACAGUGACCUGAGUACAAAUGCCCACGACCUCUAUGGACUGUGUGCAACACAUGGCAACGGACUACUGUUCUUCUGUAGCCCUUGUAAAACAGCUGUCUGCAGUGCCUGCAGAAUAUCUGAUCACAAGCAGGGUGACCACCACGUGAUGCCAAUCCGUCAAGUGGUUCGUGCUCUAAUGUCAUGCAUUCAGGCAUCUUCCACUAAACUUGAAGACGCGAAUAUGCCUCGAGUUGGAGAGCAUCAAACGAAACUGUCGCAGCUGCGUGAUAUCGUCCAGCAACAGUCGACUUCCGCUGAAAAGCAAGCGAUUGUCGGUACCGAAAAAAACAUAGCUAAGAACAGGGAAGACAUCCGGGAUCACCAGGCAAAGAGUCAAAAGAUACAAAAGCAAAUCGACCUCUUGGUGAAGGAAAAGGAGAAGGAGGAUGAAAUGACAAAGCAACUCGUCAAAGACGUAGACAAACUCGAGAAAGAGAAGGCAAAAAUCAUCGCAAGCGUCAGAGAGAAGUUCACCAAAUCAUCUGAGGAGAUCAACCUGCGUCUUCGAUCCCUUGAGACCCGUAGGAAAGAAAUGAAGACAAAAAUAGAGCAGGGCCGAGCAGUAGGAUCUACCAGAAUCUCCAUUGAUACCGAGAGCAUUGCUUACCUGACCAGCAUCAGUCAGGAACUCGUGGACUUAGUCGGUGCUUUAAGGGACAGUGACACUGUGGCUGUGAUAGAGGAAGUCACGAGAUCGAUCGGUAAAACAAAGCGGGAUUUCCCACAAUUGAAGAAGGUGUGUAACUUAACCUUUCCAAGAAAUCGGCCGUGUAGGGAAGUUUACCGAUUGAAGCAUCUACCUGACUCUCGCCUUGCUACAUUAGCCUCAUCUUGUGGUGGUUUCGCGGACACGAUUUACUUCCAUGACGAAGUAUCUUCUUCACUGACGGGCACAAUCACAAAGGGAGUUAACCCUGCUACAGACAUGGCCUUCACAUCCACUGGUGAAGUGGUAGUGGCAAGACAGAAAAAGCCGCCCAUUAGAGUGUUCAAGCCUGCUACUGGUGCAUACCGUGAUAUUAACAUUACCCAUGAUGGGGAGGUGAUUGAUAAGCUGUGGCAUGUUGAGACUGAUGAGUCUGACAACAUGUUUGUCUUAACUGCUGGCUUUGAUUCUCCUCUUCGUGUUAUGAAACCGAAUGGCACCGUCAUUCAGUGUAUCAGGUUAACUGUACGUCCUUACUGUAUGGGUUUCUGUUCGGUGAAUAGAAUCCUAUAUAUGGCUGCUGGUGACAGGAUCCUGAGGUCUCACUGGAGUGAUGACAUCCUUGAAGAGAUCUCAUCAUCUUCACACGGCGUGGAAGGAUUCGAUUGUCUUGAUGUUUGUAUUGGAAGUGGUGGCGAGGUGUUGGUGGCUGGUUGGAGGGAGAAUGAUGAUAUCGUUAUCUACCAGGUGACAGAAGGAGCAGAUGAGGAGGACAUGGUAUUGAGGGAGAUAGAGUAUCAAGAUGGUGAGAAGAGAACAGGUUGUUACUACUCGCCACAUAUCUGCAUCAAUGAUGAUAAUCUCUGGCUUGGAUAUGAUGACAACAUUGAGAAGUUCAAGUUGGUCUAAAUAUCGGGUGUAUGUAGAUGACAAAAGAAGAAUGCAUGUACCAGGGCCGUAUCUAUAGCGGGGUGCAGCGUCUUCGAAAAAACGUCUUGUUAAUUACAGAUUUAGGCACUUUUGGGACAAGAAGUGGUGUUCAAAAAAGUUAAAAACGGUCCUGACCAUAAGAUUGAUAAGAAUUAUUCAGUAAAUUGGAGAGAUAUUUGUCAUAUUUUUUAAAUGUGCGAGAAAGUACGGGUACUCGUUGUUUAGGGCCAUGAUUGUACAGUUACCACCAAAAUGCGUUCUUACUUGCUCUAGUACAUUUUUUCUCACCGCACCAAAAAUAGACAAUGCUAAUCCCAAUCUGUUUUACUUCCUGUACACCCCGUAGAAUCAAAAUCCAGAUUCCGAUUCCGAUUCCGAUUCCUGAAUAUGUCUAUCCCAUAGCACUGCCAAAUAUGGUAGUAUUUUACUGAUGCGUAUCCGGCUUCGGAUCUAGAGAUACUAGGCCUACUAUGAAUUUAUUUCAUACCGAACACCAUCUCUUCUUAAUCUAUGUUAAAAAGGAACUUUAUCGCGUCUUGAAGCAAGGUAGCGCUGUUUUCCUGGACGCACGACCGAGGGACUCAGAUUUCAGAAAUAUACGAGAUGACUAGGAAUGGGGAUUUGGCACAUAAUGUCUGGAGUUCAGGAUUUUAAAUCGGCACUGCACAACAAUAUGUCCGACCUUUUUACCAGGUACUCGAGCAGGCAAAAAACAACUGAAGUGUCAAGGGUUUUGUUUUUCUGGGACAGACUGAUAAUUUGAAGUAAUAUAUGACGACACUGCCAUUA